AAUUAAAAGGAAUGAAAAGAUUUUUUUUUCUAUUAAAAAGAAAUAAUGAUUAGCUCUUGAUUAAUUUUUGAGAUAGCAGCAUAAAUGAGAUCAUCGCUGCACAGAGUUCAAAAAAUUAAUAUGUAAGAUUUUCGACUGUAAUGAAAUUUCGACUAUUCAGUAAAUAACAAAAUUUCUACUACGGUAAAAAGUCUAAUUCCAACGUUGCAAAUGCAUAGCCGAGAUGCGAUUUUUUAAGUUAUAAUAUAACAGGCUUGCUCUCGCCACAUGAUAUGCAUACCACUUGUGAAUAUAACACGGUCGGUCUCGCACGCGUGUACUAGCUACGCUUACACUUGGCGCGAGACACUACCGUGUCUCGUGAUCAACGCGCUAUUAGAGAAAGAUAUGAUUGAUAAUUGUAUUUAAAUAACACACUUCGUGAAACGAAAAAGAAACACUAUUUUUCUAGUAUGUACAUUGUUUGUGCACCAUGCGUUUUGAAUCAAAAGAUAUUAAUUCUAUCAAAACUUUUGAUAGAAUUAAUAUUAACGACGUUCAGUGUUUUGAAACAUAAUAAUUUAUUUAUCAGGCAUUUAAGAAUUGUAAUUUUAUCAUUAUCAAUAUCUUCUUUUUAUAUUAUGCAAUUGAGAACGAUCAUCAUCAUGGAGAUAACCGCAGGAAUACUCGCAUUGAGCUCCGACUAACAAGGUCUGUUCCGUGUACAGGGUGUCUUUUUAGAAAGAACUUGGAAUGACGCUAGAACCGGCAGUUCCGAGUCAACGAGCCGCGACAAUGAUCGAUUAUCCAUGUAAUGACCACGACGUGUAAAGAAAUAAAGAAGAAAAAGCGAAGAAGACGUUCGUCUUGUCACGCGGUGAAAGUAUCCGAUUUGGAUGCGAAUUAAAGUGGAGUGGGGAGGGUGGAGAGGGAAGAAAGUCACCCUGACAGGUAACCGCGGCAGACGGCACGUUGGCGUUGAACGAACCGGAGUUUACCGCCAGUUCACGGUCGUUCGUUCGGGCUUACCGUUUCUACGGGACUAUGCGUUCAAUUUUGCUACUCGCGUUCCUGGCGAACACCAAGCUGAUGGGUAGCGCAGAAGAGAUCUGGCAGCAGGAUCUAUCUAAAGACAUGCGAAUUGGUGCAUCCACGGAGGGCUACGAUCGCGUGGGGCUGCGAUGCGGCGCUGAAAGAAUGACCGUCGAGUUUAAAACCACGGAGGACUUCUCAGGGGUGAUCUACACCCAGGGUAGCUUCCAUUCCCGAGAACCGUCCUGCUUCAUCGAUCCGGUUCGCGGCAGAAGUUUCACUAUGAGCAUUCCUCUACACAAAUGCGACACUGAAAGGGACGGUGACAAAUACAGCAAUAUCGUAGUGAUUCAGCACGAUGACGAGCUGCUAACACCUGGUGACGCUGCUUUUACGUUAGAAUGCGACUUCUCGAAGCCGCGUGAUCUUACGGUAACGGCGGAUCUUAAUGGGAGUAAGAAGAGAUCGACUAGAUCGAGUAUAGGUCUCGUUGACGCCGAUCCGGGAAGCGACAGAAGAAAAAGGUCGGCAUACGUGGAAAGCUACGGGGACGAGGUUGUUUUCGUGCCGGAGCAAUGGUAUCGUAAGGCAAACGACGAAUUGUGAGAUACCAGUGUGUGCUAGCUAAUAAAAAAGACUAAGUAAACGUUGCCUUCGUUUUCCUUUCGUUUCUCGAGAAUAUUCACGAAAUUUUCGUCGGCCGACAAUCGCCAUCUGCAAACCUUUCGCCGAAGAAUUCUGUCUCGUUCUCGAAUUAAAUUUAUAAUUACAAAUCAAAUUGUAUCUCGAGCUUCUCGCUGGCACAGUCGGUGGUGUCGUCACAAACUUCUUUUUGACAUUAAACACGUCCGGCGAAUGCAAUUGCGAUUGGAAUUUACGCUUGGCGAUUGAUUAAAACAAAAUGAUUUAAAUCAAUUGGAACGUUUAAAUUCCAAAAGCCGAUCUAGUUUGCAUCUGCCGAACGUGAUCGUAGUCGCACGAUAAAACAUAUGGUCCCAAUUGAUUUCAGAAUGAGAGGAACGUCGGGAAUGCCGUUUCAUUAAAUCUUAUCAGCGAACACGGGCGAUUCUGGUGAAUCGCGCAUGACGCAUUCUACGUUCGUGAAUUUGUUGCUGUUAUUUGUUAUUUAAUUUUCCUUGCCCAAAUAAAUUAUGUAAUUCGUUCGAG